AUGGUGUUCAGGUCACCACUCGACUUUUUCUCAGCCUCCCGGAUCCUCCUGCCUCACUUCGCGGAUGGGCCCCCUCUCCUGGCUCGCUCCCGGUCUCCGGAGGACCCUCCCUCCGCCUGUCCCCCGCUGGCUUUCCCGGGAUUGUGUUUCUCCGCGGCCCAAAUAGCCAGCGUCUGCGAGACCCUGGAAGAGACCGGAGACAUCGAGCGGCUGGCCCGCUUCCUCUGGUCUCUUCCGGUGACCGCUGACGGCCGUGACUCCAUCUCCGAGCACGAGUCUGUGCAGAGGGCUCGCGCCGUGGUGGCAUACCACACUGGGAGUUUCCGUGAGCUCUAUCACAUCCUGGAGACGCACCGCUUUACGCGCGCCUCGCACGGCAAACUGCAGGCGAUGUGGCUGGAAGCUCACUACCGGGAGGCGGAGAAACUGCGGGGGAGGCCACUCGGACCUGUUGACAAGUACCGUGUGAGGAAGAAGUUCCCCUUACCGAGGACCAUCUGGGACGGGGAGCAGAAGACGCACUGUUUCAAGGAGCGCACGCGAGGACUGCUCAGAGAGUGGUACCUUCAGGAUCCCUACCCGAACCCAGGGAAAAAGAGAGAACUAGCGCACGCGACUGGACUCACACCGACUCAGGUUGGGAACUGGUUCAAAAACCGGAGACAGAGAGACCGAGCGGCAGCAGCCAAAAACAGGUUGCAGCACCACCGGAUUUGUCCGAGCAGAGGGGAGUGCAGUCCAGAUGAAAGUGGGGAGCGUGUAGAUGGAGAAACUUUUCUCUCAGUAACAGACAGUGACUCUGAUUUGGAUGUCUGAGACUUUAAAAAUGGACUUUAAGAGGUUUGGGAUUGUCUGUCUGGGAUUACAGAAGAAAUGAGGACGACUGAUGCAACAAAGGCUGGUCAGGGUUUGGGUGGCCCUCUAAUUUAGAGCCCAAAACCACCUAUCGCUUAACCAACCAAAAACACAAGAUCAGCACAGGUUUUGUGAUUAUUUUGAACAUUUUGUAUCCUGAGAGUCGUACAGAUUUUUGUCUUUGCUCUCGGUUCAUUGAUGAAGAGCUGCAGACACAGACCCACUUGUUUUUUUUUUUUUUUUUACUUCACUGGAAGUUGAGGCUUGACAUCUGAUGACCCAGCUUAGACCAUCUACAACCUCAUUAAACAGACAUC